AUGGCGCUGUCGUUCUGCUCUGCUGGGCGCGGGCGGGCAGGGUCCUGUCGAACGCGGGGCGGGCAGCUGAUAAAGCCUCACGGCAUGGGGCGCGGCCCGCAGUCACCCUUGAACACGCGGAGGGGAGUGUAUUGCUUUAAGUGUAUUGCUUUGCCGCUCCUCUCUGCCCGACGGAUGGCUCAACCGUGGGCGGGUUUUACAAAACAGGAAACAGUAACAGGGCUGUUUUCCAAGGACUGCAUCCUCCCUUGUCCUUUCCCACCUGGGGACGAUGAAGUAAUUUACUGGAAGAAAGGGGACAAAAAUGUGCACAGAUACUACUACCAGAGGGAUCAGCUUGAAAUACAAGACCCAGAUUACAGAAACAGAACACACCUUUUCCACGAGAACAUUCCUGGUGGAAAUGCCUCCUUGAAACUUCAUAACUUGACCUUGACUGAUGAGGGCACUUACAGUUGCUACGUGGGAACACACCAGAAUAAAACAGAAGUGGAAGUCACGCUGAGCGUAAGAGACCAACUGUCUAAUGUGGAAGGAAGUAACACUACAAUUCCCUGCGAAUACAGCAAUAACACUGCAAACACGGAAGGUUUCAGUGUUGUCUGGACGUUAAACAGAAAUGCGGUGGUUUCAGUCCUGGCCUCCUUCAAUGGUACAUCUCACUCUUACCAGCCUCGAGUCCAGAUAAACGAAUAUGACUUUUCACUGGUAGUGCAUGAUCUUACUGCAAACGACAGUGGAGAAUAUCUGUGCAAUGUUUCAGUGCCUCACUACACAAAACUUACUGUGACAACUUUGCAAGUUGAAAAUUCAGGUAGAACCGGGGAACUUGUGUCAGGAGUGAUCACUACUGCAGUGGUGUUGCUGGUAGCAGGAUUCUGUUUGGUGGUCUGCAUCAAGAAAUACAAAGGAAAUCUUUUGAGCACCCUGACAUGCUCUAAGAAAUCCAUCUCUGCACAAAUAGAUGCUACGGAGCAUGAUUCUUUCUUGGAGGCUGAGGCAAAAACCACGACAAAGGCCAAAUAA